AGGUACGCCAAAAGAGCCUCUCGCUCUCUCACGACUCUCAGCUAUUGACAAAAAGCCAGGCUCUCUCUCUCUCUCUCUACCUCAACCUGCUUCGAUCCGCGUAUCCAUGGAGUCACAAACAGAAGCAGCAGUUAACUUUGGAAGAUCUAUCAUAGUGCCUAGUGUUCAGGAACUAGCCAAGGAACCCAUCGCCCACAUCCCCCCGCGAUACGUGCAAGAAGAUAUGGACCGUUCGAUCGUCUCCGAUGAGCCAUCCCUUCCGGCGGUACCCGUCAUCGAUUUACAGAGAUUGGUUGUUGAAGAUUCCAUAAACUCUGAGUUGGAGAGGCUGCACUCUGCCUGCAAAGACUGGGGAUUCUUCCAGGUUACAAACCAUGGAGUUAGUACUUCUUUGCUGGAAGAAUUCAGGACAGAAAUUGACAAGUUUUUCAAACUCCCCUAUGAAGAAAAGAAGAAGCUUUGGCAACAGCCAGACAAUCAGGAGGGAUUUGGACAGCUCUUUGUGGUUUCAGAGGAUCAGAAGCUAGACUGGUCGGACAUGUUCUGUGUAACUACUCUUCCACUCAAUCUAAGGAAGGGUGAGCUAUUUGACAAGCUUCCUCCAAAGCUCAGAAUUAAGCUGCAAGCUUACUCUAUCGAGGUGAAAAAGCUGGCCAUGGCAAUCUUAGGUCACAUGGCUAAAGCUUUGAAGAUGGAUGGUGAGGAAAUGGUAGAGCUUUUUAGUGAUGGACUUCAGUCAAUGAGAAUGAAUUACUAUCCUCCAUGCCCUGAACCCAAUAAAACCAUUGGCUUGGCUCCUCAUUCUGAUGCCGAUGCUCUGACAAUUCUCUAUCAGCUCAAUGAAACAGAAGGCCUGCAAAUCCGAAAGGAUGGGAGAUGGGUUCCCGUUAAACCUCUUCCAAAUGCUUUUGUAGUCAAUGUUGGAGAUAUUAUUGAGAUUUUAAGCAAUGGGAUUUAUAGGAGCAUUGAGCAUAGGGCAACAGUAAACUCAGGAAAAGAGAGGCUCUCCAUUGCUACAUUUCAUAGUUCCAAACUAGACUCAGAAGUGGGCCCUGCAACCAGCCUUAUUGCCCCUCAUAACCCAGCAAUCUUUAGGAAAGUUCCUUUCGAGAAGUACAUUAAGGACUUUCUUGAUCGAAAACUGAAUGGAAAGUCAUACCUUGAUUCCAUGAGAAUAGAAAAUGGUGAGGGCAAAGCAUGUUGAAUAUUGUAUCAGCAAAAGAAAUUAAGCAGGGGUUGAUCGAGUAGCCACAAAGGUGAGGUUGCAAGAGUUUAGUUCUCUACUCUGUAUGUUCUAUCAUUAGGAGUGAAUUUCAGUGAACUUUAUUUAUACUUUAGAGCAAUAAACACAGCAAUUUCUUUAA